GAGAGAGAGAUAGUUGGUGGAUUGGGUAGCAAACGGCUUUGACAGUCACUAACAGCGUUGCAGUUGACAGCAGCAGAGAGCAGAGUAAUGGAGCCACAAGAGAUCAGAGAGGGAUACUUGGUGAAAAAGGGUACGGUGCUAAACUCCUGGAAGGCAGUGUGGGUGGUGCUGUCAGAUGAUGGGAUGGAAUUCUAUAAAAAGAAAACAGACCAUUCUCCGAAAGGAAUGAUCCCACUAAAGGGAGCAACACUCCUCACUCCUUGCCAGGACUUUGGCAAGAGGACGCUGGUUUUCAAGAUUACGACUGACAAGAAGCAGGACCACUUCUUCCAAGCCUCACAUGUGGAGGAGAGAGAGUUUUGGGUCAAGGACAUCAAGAGAGCCAUUAUCUGUCUGCAGGGGGGGAAAAAGUUUGCUAGGAAGUCCACAAGACGCUCCAUUCGCCUGCCUGACACAGUAAACCUGACUGAGCUGUACACACUGAUGAAAGAUCAGGAUGAUGGAGUGAAAGAGUUAAAACUGGAGCAGGACAAUCGAGUCUUCAACCACUGCUUCACUGGCGCAACAGUGGUCGAGUGGCUGAUUUCAAAUGAGAAAGCAAGAAACAGGCCUGAGGCCCUGAUGUUAGCAACAGGGCUCCUGAAUGAAGGUUUUCUCCAGCCUGCAGGGGACCUGGCAAAAGAUGGCGCUGAGGCUGGAGAGCAAACAGCCUUCUUAGAUCAGACAAAGGCUCUUUACUACUUUGUAAGUUGA